UUAGAAAACUCUUUUCACAUCUCUUUUUUUUUUCUUUUUUUUCUUUUUUCCUUCCUUUACCAUCAUUUUAUUUUAUUUUUUUUAAAAAAAAAAUAUGAAAUUAUUGGGUAUUACUCUUCUUAUCGUUUGCUUGGUUCAAUGGGUUCAAGCUUUACCUUCUUUUCAUUUACAAGAUCAACUGGGUGAUUUCGAAGAACAAACUUCCACCAAACUUAUUCAAAACUGUGGUGAUGAGGAUGAUUUACUUACUAUUGAACAUAUCAAUUUAACACCUGAUCCUCCAGUGAAAGGACAAAAUCUUCAUAUUGAUUUCAAAGGUUAUUUAAAGGAAACGGUGGAAGAUGGUGCUUAUCUUUAUUUGACUGUCAAAUGGGGUGUUGUACAAUUGGUUAAGAAAGAACUCGAUCUAUGUGAAGAAUCUGGUAAAAUUGAUGAAGAUUGUCCUAUUGAAAAAGGUCCUGUAUCUAUUGUUAAGGAUGUUGAAUUACCUAAGACUAUUCCUGGUGGAAAAUAUACUGUUGAAGCCGAAGUUUACACCGUGGAUGGAGAGCGUGUUACUUGUCUUAAAGGUGUUACCACAUUCCCUCGACGUCGUUUGUAGAUAGUUUUUUUUUAUCAUAGUUUAGUGUUUAGAAUAUCUUGUCACGUUAUCUUUUUGUUUUACUUCCCCCCUAUUCUGUCUAUUAUUAUUAAAAUAUCCCGUUUUAUAUAAAUAUGUCAAGUAGUAAUAGAUGAUUCAUUCAUAUACAUACUUGUACACCCAU